AUGAAGACGGAUAAAGACAUCAGAGUGGAAGUUCUUAGCGACGAAGAAGCUUGGACGUUGUUUUGCCAAAACGCAGGAGACAUGACUGAUUUGGACAGGGUAGGAGAUCUUGCAAGAGCUGUUGCUAGAGAAUGCAGCGGUCUGCCACUGGCGAUCAUCACCGUAAGGAGGGCUAUGAGGGGGAAGAUGAGGAUCGAGUUGUGGAAGCAUGCUUUGGAAGAACUGCGAAGCUCAGUCCCAGACAUCAGAGGGAUAGAAAUGGAGGUCUUUUCUCCAUUGAAGUCGAGUUACGACUCAUUACGAGGUAAGAACAUCAAACCAUGCUUCUUGUAUUGCUCUUUAUUCCCCGAAGACUACUCUAUCGAAGCAAGCAAACUUGUACAAUACUGGAUAGCAGAGGGAUUAAUCGAUGAGAGGCAGAAUUUCAAAUCAGCAUCAAAUAGGGGGAUUGCCUUGAUUGAAAAUCUCAAGGACUCAUGCCUCUUGGACAAUGGCGCACACGAGGGGACAGUAAAGAUGCAUGACGUUGUCCGCGAUGUUGCCAUCUGGAUAGCAUCCUCGCUCGAAGAUGGAAGCAGAACUGCAACAGCUUCGUGCAAUUUUUCUAAGAGAUUGCACUUUUCUAGCAGAGUUACCGCCAAUGGGACAACUCACGGAACUCCAAAACUUGAUCUCUCUGGCACCCAAAUCAGCGAACUGCCUAGUGAGAUAGGACAAUUGGAUAAACUAAAGCAAUUGUAUCUAUCUCGCACGCGCAAUUUAGAAAGAAUUAAGGCCGGUACAGUAUCAAGGCUGUCCAGUUUGGAGGUAUUCGAGGUGUCUUUGAGUGCUUACACCUGGGAUGUCGAACAGAAGGCUGAUGAGGGAAGAUCAACGAUUGAGGAACUGUCGUCUCUCAGGUUCUUGUCUGUUCUUUACAUCAGGAUACACAGCAUUGCUUGUCUUGCCUUAGAUUUCAGUUGGUUGAAACGGUUGAGAAGAUUCCACAUGCAUUGGUCCAAGAACCUAUGUUUCGAAAUACUCGAUAAUGUGGAACAAUGA